AUGCAUGCAGGCUAUAGUCUGCAGUCAUAGUAUUAGGUCUCCUGACAUUAGACAUACAGGGUCUUUGUGCUUGGGCAAUUCCUUCUAUGUGUUGUUAUUGUUUUUUAUGUUGAGAGUGUGUGCAUCCCCAUGGGAGAGAUACACUAUGACCUUGACUUGCUAAGUUGAGCCUGGAAAGUAACAGUCUUAUCAGGACAAGCUGACACUUCAUGGCCUAAGUUUAUUUCACCUGAUCCACGCAAAGUCACACCCGGGAAGGGAAUUCAAGCAAGUCACUGGUCGAAGUUUUGGUGACAAAGACUUCCGGACAGGACUAGAAAAUGGGAUCCUCCUUUGCGAGUUGCUGAAUGCUAUAAAGCCAGGACUUGUUAAAAAGAUCAAUAGAUUGCCUACCCCCAUUGCAGGAUUGGACAAUACCAUCUUAUUCUUGAGAGGCUGUAAGGAGCUUGGCCUUAAAGAAUCUCAACUCUUUGACCCGAGUGACCUCCAGGAUACCUCCAACAGGGUCACUGUCAAGAACCUCGAUUAUAGCAGGAAGCUGAAAAACGUGCUAGUGACCAUUUACUGGCUGGGGAAAGCUGCAAACAGCUGUGCAUCCUACGGUGGAACCACACUGAACCUGAAGGAGUUUGAAGGGCUGUUGGCUCAGAUGCGAAAGGAGACUGACGACAUUGAUAGCCCGAAGCGCAGCAUCCGAGACAGUGGCUACAUCGACUGCUGGGACUCUGAACGCAGCGACUCCCUCUCUCCUCCUCGCCACGGACGGGAUGACUCCUUUGACAGCCUGGAUUCUUUUGGCUCCCGCUCCAGGCAGACACCUUCGCCAGAUGUAGUUCUCAGGGGAAGCAGUGAUGGAAGAGGAAGCGAUUCUGAAUCAGACUUGCCGCACCGGAAGUUGCCAGAUGUGAAGAAAGAUGAUAUGUCCGCACGAAGGACUUCUCAUGGUGAGCCGAAAUCAGCAGUGCCUUUUAACCAGUACCUCCCGAACAAAAGCAACCAGACGGCCUACGUCCCGGCGCCUCUGAGAAAGAAGAAGGCGGAGCGGGAGGAAUUCAGGAAGAGUUGGAGCACCGCCACCUCCCCCCUGGGUGGGGAAAGGCCCUUCAGUUACCCUGAAACCAUAGAGGAGGAGGGAAUUGACGCAGGGUCUCCCACUGAAGAUGACCCGAGCAGCCAGGUGGGCGCUGAUGGGAAACCUGACAGUGAGUUAGAAGCUCCUCCCAGCAAUGGUGAGGACCAGUCUCCUGGGGAUGCUGCUGUGGUGCCAGCUGCUCUUCCUGAAGACAGAGAUGCUGUGGAGAGCCAAAAGCGCAGAAAGCUGGAGCAAGCUGGGAUCAAGGUCAUGCCUGCCGCACAGCGCUUUGCCAGUCAAAAGCAAUCAAGUGAAGAGAAAGAAGCUAUUCGUGACAUAGUCCUUCGGAAAGAAAACCCUUUCCUGACCCAUCAACAUGGCAAAGAUUCAGAGUCGGAGGAUGAAGCUGCAUGCCUACUGCCUGACCUUGAGAAAGAUGACUUUGCUGCCAGGAGAGCAAAGAUGAACCAAAGCAAGCCAAUGGUGCCACUUAAUCAACUGCUCUAUGGGCCUUACCGAAAUAAAGACGCAGAGAAGGCAGGUGGCAGCAAACAGCUCUCAAAGGGACUGUCAGACAAGAAAAAUCUAGGAUUUAAAAGAAACCAGGGUCAGCGAGAAGAUGUCAACACAAUGGUGGCCUGUACCGUGCAAACCCAGAAAGAUGAACCACUGGAAACAAAUUUCAGGAAGACACCAGAUCGUCAUAAGGAUGACCUGGCCCAGAGAAGAAUCCAGGGCAGACUUACCCCUCACCGUGAGGCUCCGAGCUUCAUCAAACUCUCUGGGAUUACGGAAGCUGACCUGGAGACUUGGGAGAGAUUGAAAGUGUCAGGAGAGACGAGGGACGGAGAUGCUCAGAACACCUGUGCCCCUGAGCCCUCACCAGAAAUCGACACAGAAACCGCCAUCCGGGAUGAUUUUGCCAGCCGUAAAGCAAGGGCUUAUAAGAAAGCGUCUGGCCCCAGGCAAAAGUUUGUCCACUUUGGGCCUGUGACAGAGAUAGACCAACAAACUUGGAAGCGGCUCAGCAUUGGCAAGGCGGGGCCUAGGGACAAUGUGGAGGUUGUCAGGCACAGCAGCCAGAACCAAAUUUCCUCUGGGUCACCUCCCUCUACUGCAACCUUUGGCUUAAAGGAAGAACAAAUGCUUAGUCCACAGAGUGACUGCAGGACAGUGCCUUCUGGCACAGAUGGUCGUCUCAAAAAGGCCCCAUGGCUGGCGCCCGUGCUGGAGUCUCAGGAAGAACAGGUCUGCAUUCAGAGCAACAACCCAAAGACAGAGGAAGUUACACCCACACAGCUGCCACAGGAUGGCAGAGAACAAAAUGAAGAAGUUAUUCAAAAAGAGCAUGAGAUGCUGCCAAGGGUACAAAGACCGGAGGAAUGCAGCGGACCCCUAUACGGUCCCAGAACUCCUGUGUCAGAUGACGCAGAGAGCACGAGUAUGUUUGACAUGCGGUGUGAGGAGGAGGCAGCGGUGCUGCCGCACAGCAGGGCCCGCCAGGAGCAGCUGCAGCUGAUAAAUAACCAGCUGAGGGAAGAGGACGACAAAUGGCAAGAUGACCUGGCUCGCUGGAAGAGCCGGAGAAGAAGCGCUUCUCAGGACUUGAUCAAGAAAGAGGAAGAAAGGAAAAAAAUGGAGAAGCUGAUGUCUGGGGAAGAUGGGACAAGUGAGCGGAGGAAAAGCAUCAAAACUUACAGAGAAAUCGUCCAAGAAAAAGAGCGGAGAGAGAGGGAACUUCAUGAGGCGUACAAGAACGCAAGGUCGCAGGAGGAGGCCGAGGGGAUCCUCCAGCAGUACAUCGAGAGGUUCACCAUCAGUGAGGCUGUCCUCGAACGCUUGGAGAUGCCAAAAAUCCUGGAAAGAAGCCAUUCAACAGAGCCAAACGUGUCCUCCUUCCCAAACGACCCCAGCCCCAUGAAGUACCUGCGGCAGCAGUCACUGCCCCCACCCAAGUUCACUGCCACGGUUGAGACCACCAUAGCUCGCACCAGUGUCCCAGAGAGCAUUGCGUCAGCAGGCACUGGGUCUCCAAGCAAAAUCAUCACUCCAAACACAGUGCCUAUGCUGACACCCAGGCCUUACUCCCAGCCCAAAAACUCUCAAGAGGUUCUGAAGACUUUUAAGGUAGAUGGGAAGGUCAGCAUGAAUGGGGAAAUGGCCCCUGGAGAUGAGGAAGGAAAGGAAAAAGAAGGCCCUGCAGCUGCAGCCCCUGGCCCUUCCUUAACCAAGUCCCAGAUGUUUGAAGGUGUGGCCACGGUGCACGACUCUCCUGUGCAGGUGAAACAAGGCAGCAACAGCAUCGAGAUCAACAUCAAGAAGCCAAAUUCUGCUCCCCAGGAACUGACAGCAGCCUCUGAGGAAACUGAAUCGAACGGCCAAGAGGAUGAAGACGGUGAAGAAAGGCCAGGGACAGGGGAUUUGGAGCCUGACUCGGCAGAACCCCAGCACUUUACGACAACUGUGACUCGGUGCAGCCCAACAGUGGCCUUGGUGGAGUUUUCAUCCAACCCGCAGCUGAAGAAUGAGGUGCCAGAACAAGGCCAGAAGAAGCCAGAAGAUGAGAUGAGUGGGAAGGUGGAGUUAGUGUUGUCACAGAAGGUGGCAAAGCCAAAAUCCCCAGAGCCUGAAGCAACCCUGACGUUUCCAUUUCUCGACAAAAUGCCUGAAACCAACCAACUACAUUUGCCAAAUCCCAGUUCUCAAGCGGAUUCUCCAAGCAGUGAAAAGUCCCCUGGGAGCACACCCUUUAAGUUCUGGGCAUGGGACCCAGAAGAGGAGCGCCGGCGACAGGAGAAAUGGCAGCAGGAGCAGGAACGUCUGCUGCAGGAGAGGUAUCAGAAGGAGCAAGACAAGCUGAAGGAGGAGUGGGAAAAGGCCCAGAAGGAGGUCGAAGAAGAAGAACGCAGAUACUACGAGGAGGAGCGUAAGAUAAUUGAAGACACGGUGGUUCCAUUCACUAUUUCCUCAAGCUCUGCAGACCAACUGUCUACGUCCUUGUCUGUAACUGAAGGCAGCGGGACAAGGAAUAAGAUGGACUUGGAAAACUGCCCAGACAAAGAAAACGAGAGAAGACAGAAGACGCCUUUCCAGGAGAAUGACGGUGAUUCAUUGCUCAAAACUAGAGAAGGUGGUCUGCCAGAGGAGCAGAGCCUAACUCCAAGUCCCUCGGCUAACCCUGAAAUCUCCGUGUCAAAAGGAAUCCAUCAGGACCCGCAGCUGGAGGCAGAGGCUGGGGCCCCACACUGUGGUACAAACCCACAGCCAGCUCAGGAUCCACCUCGGAAUCAACAGAUACCAAACCCACCAACAUCCACGUCGGAAGAUGUGAAGCCCAAAACCUUGGCCCUGGAGAAAACCAUCAAUCAUCAGAUGGAGUCUCCGGGGGAAAGGCGGAAGUCUAUAAGCGGGAAGAAACUGUGCUCCUCCUGCGGGCUCACUUUGGGUAAAGGUGCUGCGAUGAUCAUCGAGACCCUGAAUCUCUACUUUCACAUUCAGUGUUUCAGGUGCGGCAUCUGUAAAGGACAGCUCGGAGAUGCAGUAAGCGGGACAGACGUCAGGAUUCGCAAUGGUCUCCUAAACUGUACCGACUGCUACAUGCGAUCCAGAAGUGCCGGCCAGCCUACAACACUGUGAUGAGGUUGGGAGCUUCUGGGCCACUGAGGAUUUUUCUACUAAGAGUGUCCCUUGGCAAUUGCUUUAUUAAACCCCAAGUCCAGGGGAUUCUUGGCAUUCACCUAAUUUCUGGAAGACUCCCCUACAAGGUGGUAUCUGCUCUUUUGUAUUGCAGCACAGUGUUUGUGCUUCUGGUUGGGUGGGGAGGGGCUGGGUUUUUUUCUUCUUCUUCUGCAUGUGCACAGUGUAUACACAAGCAUAAUGCAUUGGGAUGACCCUGAAGAGUUAACAAGUGGCUUUAGCACGGGCUGAGCUGCUUCUGGUUGAAAAGGGGUUACUCUCUUGUCUGGGGAAGAGCAGAAGGGUGCAAUAAACCUGUUGUGUUUUAGUGUUUCUAGAAAUUAAACACGUUAUGUUUACAGAAUUGAGCUGCAGGAAGUGCAAGACAUGCCAACUUCAGAGCAUAAAGUGAAUGCAUUUCUAGAUACCCCAGCGAGUUCUGACUCUGAACUAUAACUUUUUUUUUUUUUAAUGCAAAGACACUAGUCUGAUAAUAUAUACUGUAUUCCCGGAGACAUUUGUGUUACUUACCCUUGGGGGCAGAAGUCCUACCAAUAAAUUAUCACACUGUUAGUAGUAGAUUUUGUGUACCCUGGAAGUCAUGUCAUUAAUAUAGAUUGGCCCCAUCAAAGGAAGAGAACCCUUGCAAUGUCCCUAGACUUCCUCCCUGCAACACAGCGCAAAGGUAGGAAGAAACAGGAAGGAAACAGAUCAGCCAUUAUCUUCGAACGUAUUAUGAAGUCUAUGAGGAAAUAUAAUGUACAAGGCCAGUAUGGCAGUAGUAGCCUUGAGGAUUGGGUUGCUUGCUCUCUCUAAGCACUGGGGUAGCGGUUGUCAAUAAGGGGCUUGAUGUGAGGUUGUGGGUAUUAGGCAUCGAGGACAGUCCGGUUUUUAGGAACGAGUACAUCUCCUGUCUGCCUGCAAAUUCUCCUUGAGGGUCUGAAGCCCAGGUAUCCAAAGAAAAGCAUACAGUCCAUCCUAACAGAACCCAGAUGGUAUGUCGUGACAAGCCCGCAACCUGAUCUGCAAGUGGCAGCAACGUGGCAGCGCCUGCCCGCUCCCAUGGACCUGUGUGCGCCUUGCUGCCCCUGCCCACUCCCGUGGACCUGUGUGCGCCUUCAUCCUCCCGCAUCAUCAUCUUUAUUCUCAAGAAUUCUGGACCUGACUCGCCGUUCAGAAAGGGAUUCCUGCGGAAGCCUGGUUUAUUCGGUGCCCCGUGUGAUAAGUUUCAGCCAGACACGAAAGGAAUGCAGCGGUUAAAGCAUAGCGACUUAGCUUCCAGGCCGAUUUCCUUAAGACUGGGGAACGAAGAACUAUUUAUUCUGCCUUAAAGGGAUGGCAACUGGGUGGAGAUGACGUCAGGCGAAUGUAGACUAUGGGUACACUCCUAGUGGGCUAAUGUAGCAUAGAGAGAAAGCAGGUAGGUGUUUCUCUGUUAUGUAAGCAAUAACUUUUUCUGUGUCUUAUGGAGUAUGACUAGCAAUUAUUUAUUUCCAUGCUAGACGGUUCUUUGCAUGUGGGUUCCUUAUAGGUGCAGACAUCUCGGCCAAUGGAGGUCCACUGGCCACUUUGUCAUUUGGACGAGCUGUUACUGGAUUGAAAUUCACAUACCAUUUCACUAAAAAUUGUGCCUUAGAAAACGCAAAGCUGUUGCACACAGUGACGAACGGCAGAUUCGGAACACCAAAGGGAGACGAAGUCACUCCCUAGUUCCCACGGCUUCUCUCGGAGGUGUUUGCUGCUUUACAAGGGGGGAAAAAAAUGAAUAAAAGAUUUUAAAAGACAAAUAAAAAAAAAGGAAAAAUUUAAAAAGAAAAAGAAAAGUUUUGAAAAUGUACAGAUCAAGUCCAAUAUUUUGAUGAAGCACCUGCAUGUUUUAGUAACUAUUUUAAUAAAUGUGAUGUUUACACUUCGCAUGAUACUAACAGAGUACUUUAUGAGCAACGAUGCACAAAACAUGUACAAUACGGUCCUUCAUACGCGACUUUUAUAGAAUCCUUUUUACAUGCGCAAGGCCAUCCAUUAUGUCAGGAGCACAGGAGUAUUGCACAGUCUCCUGGUUUCACAAAGCCAUUUAUACAUAUUUCUUAGAGAGACUCAUUGUACGUGUGUCGAAGCUAGACUGGAGUCAAGAGAAAUAAAACCCCAUUCCCCAAGUGCGGAACGUGCUUUCCCGUAAUGAACACUAGUCACCAGCCUGGAAUAAUCUCCCACAUCUUCUAAAUUCUAAUUGCCAACCGUUUCUAUUUCUAUUUGAUUUAUAUUUCAUUUAGAGGCAGUUACAUGGCAACUUCGGCAGACUAGAUCUUGUCGUUUCCCAAUGCAGCAUAAAAGACUAUGAUCUAUUUCUCUUCAAAUAAUCUUUGAGAUCCCAGGGAGAAAAAAAAAAAUGCUCUGUUGUGUGGAGCUAUAAUGUAAAUGUGUUUGUUUAAAAACCAGACGAGGCAAGGGAGUGAUUUAUUGGUCCUACGGGACCGUAGCUGAUUCUCUCCUCUCAGACUCUAAACACUUCUUUCCCAAGGACAGAAAUGGGUGACUCUGCUUCUCACUAGCAAACUGUCAUGGCAUUUGUCCCACUUUCUGUGUAGCGUCAUUAACAUGAUACAUAUUCUAGUCACCAGUACCUGGCGUAAGAUCCGGUGAGCUGAAAUGAUCCACCUUUCGAUGUGAGCCCAUCCAAAGAGAUGAUCCUGUUCUGGAUGGGUGACUUUCUGUAUCAGUUACACUAACUUUCCUUUACAAUAUUUAUUCUAAAAAUGCCUCUGAGAAAUAGUUUUAAAAAUUAAAAAUGAAGAGUUGUCUAAGAUGCAACAGCUUUUACAGUGAAUGUACAUUUAUAAAUAAAAGACUCAAAUCGUC